ACUCGGAGGCUGCGGCUUGGCCCUUGUGUUUGGUGUUCAUAGCCCGCGGUUUGCUAGCUGCACGGCGGUGUAGCAGCGGCACAGACCGGUUGCGCUUCCGACAGUGUCCCAGCAGCCAAGAUGUCGUCGUCGGACACCCAGGCGACGAACCGAACGUGGGAACUGAGCCUGUACGAGAUGAACCGGACGCCUCAGGACGUCAUCACGGACAGCACCGAGAUCGCCGUGUCGCCGCGCAGCCUCCACAGCGAGCUCAUGUGUCCCAUCUGCCUGGACAUGCUCAAAAACACCAUGACCACCAAGGAGUGCCUGCACCGUUUCUGUCAGGAGUGCAUCAUCACGGCGUUGCGCAGCGGCAACAAGGAGUGCCCGACUUGCCGCAAGAAGCUGGUGUCCAAACGCUCGCUGCGAGCGGACCCCAACUUCGACAUGCUCAUCGCCAAGAUCUACCCGAGCCGGGACGAGUACGAGGCGCACCAGGAGCGCGUGCUCGCCAAGCUGAACCGGCAGCACUCGCAGGCCCUGGCACACAGCAUCGAGGAAGGCAUGCGCAUGCAGGCUCUCAACCGCAACCAACGCGUUCGCAAGCACGGUGGCGACGAGAACAACGGCAGCAGCGGGCCGGCGACCCCGGCCGCCACCGCGUGCGUGUCGAUGCCAUCUUCCGGCGCGACGUCGAACAGCGGUGGCAGCCACCAGGUCGCGAGCACGGCCACACCGACCAUGCCCACCUCCUUCUCGGGGGCGGCUGCCCCUACGGCCAGUAGUACGGUGCAGCAGCAGCAACUGCAACAACAACAGCCACAACAACAGCAACAACAGCUACAGCAGCAACAACAACAAUUACAGCUGCAGCAACAGCCGCCGCCACGUCAGACACCGACGCCUGGCAGUUGCAGCGAUGCCACCAACCAGAGUAGCACCAGCAGUGUGGGCUCCUCACAGCCACGCAAGAGGCCCAAGACUCAGCAGGCCGCGACCUGCUCCAACGACACGGAGUCCGCCGGAGGCGAGACCGAGGAGACGGACGCGGAGGACGGGGACGCUGCCCUCAACAGCGAGAUCGAGCUCGUGUUCAAGCCUCAACCGCAGAUGAUGCUGGAGGACUCCAGUGCGCAGGUCCGCUACAUCAAGACCACGGCAAAUGCGACCGUGGACCACCUCUCCAAGUACCUGGCGAUGCGCCUGGCCCUGGACAAGUUCGAGCAGGACGCGUCGGCUCCCCGCAGCGUGGCACCGUUCACCAUCUACAUCGCCGUCACGCCGGGCCAGUUCACUCCCCUCCCGGGUAACAUGACUCUCGACCAGGUCAACGAGAAGUACUGGAAGGUCAACAAGCCCCUCGAGAUGUACUACGCGCACCGGAAGGCUUGAAGUGGUGGACUUGUAGUCGCCUCACAUGACUACCGCUGUGUUUUGUGUGAACGUGGGUGAUGUGUGCACUCGUGUGCAAGUGUGCGUCUCCGCCGAGACGCGACGUGGCACAGCUCCGUUCCUCACGGGCUCCAGCGCUUCUCAUCACCGCAGCAACUGUGGAAUAUCGCCGCGUGGAGUGCCUGCUCCGGCGUAGGAGUUGUACAGCAUCUAUUUUACCUUGACCACCAUCCUGUAGGAGUUUCUCAAUAUUGCCUAGGUGCAGAAACUGCCAUUCAAUGCAGUAGAAAGCUAGGUAAUUGAGGCUUCGGAUUGGUACUGUUAAGACGUCAAGUUAUUGUUACAUCUGUUGCAACAGUUCGUCUUAUAGCAGUUUAGUUUAAAGUGCAGAAUCUUCUUUUUCCUGUGUUGUUAUGUAAGAAUACUAUUUGUCAGAGCACAAGCACUUGAGCUGUGUUCGUUUAUUAUGCAUCACGAGCAUUAUAAUGCAAUACCGAACAUAAGCAGGGCUGGUGAGCAGCCAUAUUUGGCAGUAAUGACAGAAAGAAUCUAGGUGAACUGUGCAUUAGUUUUAAUUGUACGCUUUUCUGUGCUUAUUGGUAUUGUGUGCAGUUAAACUGUGAAGCAUUAAAGACGAUAGAUUUAUUAUAAAAGCUUCAUUUGUGUGGCAAAGUUGUGCCCGGGGCCAAACCACGUUCGCGACAAGCCAAAUCACCGUCCCACAGAUUUCGCUGUGCCAUGCUUGGCGUUCUUUUUCUGGCACCCUUUAGAAAAACUUGCAUAGACAGCGGCACCAGUGUUAUGCCCCAGGGCAAUAUUGCAAGAAACUCUUACGCUCUUUCCCUCUCUCACUCUCUUCAUCGUGUCUGCGUAAAGCAUUCGAUGUCGACUCCUGGAGCCAGUGUGUGUGCAAAGUACGACAGUGACGGCACGAGACGAAAUGAGAGAAGCGAGCGAACGUGUGAUCGGCAAGAUGUGUCAAUUGACGAUUGGCAAAGUGCAGUUCUCCGAGGUCACAGUCCUCGAAGAUAGCCAAGAUCAUGAACACAUAUUGACAAAUGGCAUUUCAUGCUACAACUUGCGUGAGUGUGAUUUUUUUUUGCUUUCUUCAAUCGAACAUUGAAUCGUGUAUAAUGAUGAGCUUGUCGCUCAUUGUACAUAUAUUUUGAUGCCCAAAAUACAGUGCUCGAAGCGUAUG